AUGGCAGCACAGGCCAAUGCGCCGCAUCCCGAGUCGGAGGAGGAGGAGGAGGAGGAUAUGCCGGACUACCGCGUGCUUGCGUCGAUAGCGCAAAAGUACAAGACCGGAUCGCUCGCAGAAGCGCCGAUCAUCCCGAAACGCGGCGAGAAAGACUUUGAGCCGACCGGGUUCGGCGGGCAGAGCAAAGUGCUUGCACAGAGCCGCGACGCACUUUUCCACGCGCUCAGCGCUCGCCAUGCACACUCGAGCAAGACGCUAAGCACCGCGACGUGGGACCCUGUGUUUAUGCGCGCAUUUGUGCAUACACAGCGCGGCCAGUCGUGUUCAAGUAUGGGCUCGACAGUGCGUCGUGCCGUGGGCGACAACGUCGUUGGGUGCCUGGAGCUGUACCCCGAAGAGGCAGUAUAUCUGGUCGAGCGUGGUGCAUUGGACUGCCGUUUCACUGCUACGCCAGGCGUAGUCCCUGACGAGGCGCGUUUCGCAGCGUGCAUCCCAGUGAGCGUCGAGCAAGCGUAUGCACAAAUGCUUGGCAACGACGGGGCGAGCCCUGCGCGAUACCAAAUCUACGCAUAUCUGAAACGUCUUGGGUAUAUUGUGCAGCGCGCCACGCUUGUGGAUGGACUUCGUGCGUCGUUUGCACAGAAUCCCGCUACAUUGCCCGCACGAGCGCGCUCGUUGCGUGCGAAAUUCUGUGCGCUGCUCGUCUAUGUGCUCGGCUAUCUUGCCGUGCCAUUGCGAUACAUGCUUCGUAUCCUCCGUAUUCGCAUGCGCAUGCGUGCGGCGCCCCGUGGUCUUUUGGGCAUCUCGGCACACGAUACGUACGAUACCAUAUUCGAUGCGCUCCAAAUCGUGCGUGCGGAUCAUGAUCAGCGCACGCACCCUGCCGCACAUGACCCUGCACUUGCGCCAUUCUUUUAUGCGUGGCGUCCAGCGACGCAGUUCAAGCGCACAAGGCCGCCCCCGCCCGAGUUCCGUAUCUGCGUCGUGGAGACGAACGAGCACCCGAUGCUCUCUUUGUGUGAUUUCGACGUGCUUUUUUCCCACAUUCCUCUCUCGGUCGCCGCGCCGGGCGCGCCCACUACCGUGGCUGCGACGGAAGAAGAGCGCGAGAUGCUCUCGAUCCGCGAGCAGAACAGGAAAGCGUACGGAAAACAAAAGCAGGCUUCGGUGCGGCAUGGGCGCACAAGGCCGCCAGGCGUACACACGACUACCUUUGGAAAGCUUGUAUCGCGGUUUGCAUGGCUCGUGCGUCUGCUUGUAGCGGCACUGCGCCGCUGGGGCAUUUUUCGCGCAGCGCCGCCGCAGCGCAAGACGCCGUUCAAUGUAUACCUCCCGCUCAAGGCGGGCCGGCGCAAUGUCGUGGUCGCAAUUGUAGAUCAAGGGACCAUGUCUCUCUUGCGCUUUGGCGAGGCCGAGUUCAAGCGCUGGCGCCUCGCUGGCGCGCCUGUGCGCUAA